GUCCGAGAGCGGCUCCGCUCCGCUUUCGCUUCGCUCUGCUCGGCUGGGGCGGGCCGGGCCCGGGGCCGGCGGGGAACGGGCUGUGCCCCGAUCGCCGCCCCACGGAGGGACGGACAGGGCUCCGGGCGCAGACCUCCCCAAAGACCAUCAAUGUCGCCGCGCCUGCUCAGGGCGGUGGGCCGGGGCUGGCUGGCCGUGCUGGGACUGCUGACGGUGGCCGUCUUCGUCCUGGUCCUGAUCCCGGCGAAGGAUGCUGUCGUUCCUACCAGGUUCAAAUACGGUCUGGUGUUUGACGCUGGCUCCAUACACACGUCCCUCUACAUCUACCGGUGGCCCGCGGACAAGGAGAACGGCACCGGCAUCGUCUCCCAGGUGGAGGCCUGCUCUGUGUCCGGACCCGGCAUCUCCAGCUACGCAGACAACCCCGCGGGGGCCGGCGCCAGCCUGAAGCCUUGCCUGGACAGGGCCAUGAAGAUCGUCCCGGCCGAGCAGCAGCGGGAGACCCCCACGUACCUGGGGGCCACGGCCGGCAUGCGGCUGCUGAGGAUGGAGAACAGCACCAAGGCCGAGCAGGUCUUUGCCGAGGUGUCCAAGGCCAUUGGGGAGUACCCUGUGGAUUUCCGUGGAGCUCGGAUCCUGACGGGGAGCGAGGAGGGCUCCUUUGGCUGGAUCACUGUCAACUACCUGCUGGAGACCCUGGUCAAGUUCUCGUUUGCAGAGAGAUGGGAACAUCCCCAGGACACCGAGGUGCUGGGAGCUCUGGACCUUGGCGGUGCCUCGACGCAGAUCACCUUCCAGCCCGGGGUGCCCGUGGAGGACAGGAACACGUCCGUGUUCUUCCGGCUCUACGGCACCAACUACUCCCUGUACAGCCACAGCUACCUGUGCUACGGGCAGAGCCAGGCCCUGAAGAUGCUGCUGGCAGCCCUGCACCAGGCCAGCUCGAGUGCCCAGAUCUCCCACCCCUGCUACCCGCGGGGGUACCAGGAGAACAUCACCGUGGCUGAGCUCUACGACAGCCCCUGUGUGCGUGCACCCAGCUCAGCCAGCCCUGCCCUUGUCCUCACGGUGACGGGGACAGGGGACCCAGCCGCGUGUGGCACGGCCGUGCAGAGACUCUUCAACUUCAGCUGCGGGGCGCAGUGGCCGUGCGGGUUCAAUGGGGUGUACCAGCCUCCCGUGCGGGGACAGUUCUUCGCCUUCUCGGGGUUUUAUCACACCCUUCACUUUCUGAACCUCACAGGAGGGCAGUCCCUGAGCUCAGUCAAUGCCACCAUCGCGCAGAUCUGUUCCAGCAGCUGGGAGCAGCUGCAGCUAUUGUUCCCCACGGCGAGCAGGACCCAGCUCCGUGACGCCUGCACAGCCAGCUCCUACAGCCUCACCCUUCUCCUGCAAGGCUACAAGUUCAGCCACACGACGUGGCCCAGCAUCCACUUUGUCCAGCAGGUUGCUAACACAGAUGUGGGCUGGACUCUGGGCUACAUGCUCAAUCUCACCAACAUGAUCCCCUCGGAGCCUCCCGCAGCAGUCACAGGCCUCCCGAGCUGCAGCUGGAUAGCAGCCACGGUUCUUCUGGCCAUCAUGCUCAUCCUCACCUUCUGCCUGCUCGCAGCCACGUGCUGCCAGAGGAACUCCUCGGGCUAUGAGCACCUGUAGCAGCACUGCCUCCACCGAGUCCUGCUGCCACACCUCUGCAAGGAGCUGCUUCCUGGGAAUCACGCCUGUGUGCCCAGGGGCCAUGGACUUGUCCUGGGGGGCCCUGAGUCGUGGCCUGGUGAGCUGGCACUGGCACAGCUGUAAAGCAUCCUCCUCACA